UAAACAUCUAAACAUUUUUUAAAGAUAAACUUGUCAGAGUGGACACAAAACAACAUGGCUGGAUGUUUUACUAAAGACUAGCUUCCGGUUUGAUCAGAGUUUUACACGAACUUAGCGGAAGCUGCUAGCUUCGCAGAAAGAGGAUACGGAGCUCGGCUUCAAGCCUUCGGGGACACAAAUACAUUUUCCGUUGACCCAAAAUAGGGGAUUCACAGUAUUAGUGUGCAUCAAACGUUGAUGCGAUUAAUAAAAUGUCUAAAGUCCAAAUGCUGAGAUCAUUAGUGAACCAGAGGCUGACUGCUGCUGCUGAGGAGAUUUUUGAGCUGUUUGAAAGAACGAUAGCAGAAUAUGAGGAGGAACUUCGAUCUAAAGAGGAUCAACACCAACGGCUGGAUGCUGUUAUCAACCCUGGAGAGGAGUUACACAGACAACAUGCUCAGCAGCUGGUGGUGAGAAAAGAAGAGGUUCUCCCUCAACAGCAGAAGUGGUGCUCCAGUCUGAACCAGGAGCAGCCACCAGAACCCGCAGACAUUAAAGAGGAACGGGUGGAACAAUGGACUCAUGAUGACAGAGAGCAGCUUAAAGGAGAAGAGAAAGCUGAUAUCAACAUGUUCACAUUCACUCCUGUCCCUGUGAAGAGUGAAGAAGAGGAUGGAGAGAAGUGUCAGUCCUCACAAUUUCAUCAAGUAAAAACUGACCGGACAGAGAGAGAGCAUGAUGGAGAGGACUGUGGAAGACCAAAGGCAGCAGUACACUUUAGGCCAGUCAGUUAUUUACAACAUGCAACUCAGAGCAAGACUCUGCAGCUCUCUGAAUCUGAGACUGAUGACAGUGCUGAGUGGGAGGAGUGUGAUGCCCCACAGGAAGGUUUAUACCCUCUAAAAGACAACGACAUAGCUGUAAGUGAUGUCAAAUGUAACACUGGAGACACAUCCGUUAGCUCUUCUGAGUGUGCUCCAAGCUUUGGAGGAAAGAAUUCACUGAAAAAUGGAGGAAUCCAUUCAAAGAAACCUUUCGGCUGCUCAGAGUGUGAGAAAAGUUUCAUUAAGAAAUCAGAUAUGGUGAAACACAUGAUAGUCCACACGGGAGAAAAACUUUUCAGUUGUUUAGUUUGUGGUAAAAGUUUCACACAAAGAGGGCAUUAUAAAAGACACUCCGUCGUCCACACAGGGGAAAAACCAUUUAGCUGUUCAACUUGUGGUAAAAGAUUUUCUUUGGUUGAAAAUCUCAAGAAACAUUCGAAUAUCCACACAGGAGUAAGACCAUUCAGUUGUUCAGUUUGUGGUAAAAGAUUCAGCCAAAAUGGAGUUCAAACAUUAUUUGUUCCUGAAUAA